AUGCUGCGAAAAACAUUGCGGAAAGCGAUGAAGCCGUACCUGCACGCCUUCUCUCCUGGCGCGCGUGCCUCUGAGAAGGGUAUGCUUUAUCGCAACAACAACAUGAACGCGCAUGCGCGGGUGGCGGCGAUUCAGCAAGCGCAGCGCACUCACCGCGAGGGGAAAAUAUUUCUGAUGCUAUUGGUGCCGGACCAAGUAUUCCUCUCUGCGGCUCUUGUGGGCGUCACGAUCAUUGUUAUUUUUAUCUACUUUCGCCAGCAACCAUUUAGCCUCAACACACACAAGCAGCGCUGGAUUUUAGGGGCCCUCAAUGAACACGAGUUUUACCAACGCAACAGGGAGAUGAGUUUAGUCCUUGAGUCCCACAGGGAGGCGAUUGAGGGGACCAGAGAAGCCAUUGGCACUAGACCAGCCGUGUUUGAUGCACCGCAGGAUGGCUUGUACGUCAGUCGCAGUGGUGAAUUUGCACAACAAAAGUGA